CCCGGGCCAGCAAGGCUGUUCCCGCCCACCGAGAGCAGAAGCGGGCGGCGGAGCCAGGGGACUCGGCGUUUGCUCGGGGCGAUACGGGGAAGAUCUAGCUAAGACUGUGAAGUAAUUGCAGACCUUGGGGAUUUGCCAAAAUGUUGGAGGAAGAUCUGGAAGUGGCCAUCAAAGUGGUGGUGGUUGGAAACGGAGCUGUUGGGAAGUCCAGUAUGAUCCAGAGAUAUUGCAAAGGAAUUUUCACGAAAGAUUACAAGAAAACUAUUGGAGUUGAUUUCCUGGAAAGAGAAAUGCAAGUCAACAAUGAAGAUGUCCGACUGAUGCUGUGGGACACAGCAGGUCAAGAAGAAUUUGAUGCAAUUACGAAAGCUUAUUACAGAGGAGCCCAAGCGUGCGUGCUUGUGUUUUCGACUGUUGACAGAGAGUCUUUUGAAGCAAUUCCUACUUGGAAGGAGAAAGUAGUAUCUGAAGUCGGAGACAUCCCUACAGUGCUUGUUCAGAAUAAAAUUGACCUCCUAGAUGAAUCUUGUAUAAAGAAUGAAGAAGCAGAAGCGUUGGCAAAAAAGCUAAAAUUAAGAUUCUACCGAGCAUCUGUAAAGGAGGACCUAAACGUAACAGAAGUUUUUAAGUAUUUGGCUGAGAAGUAUCUUCAAAAACUCAAACAAAGAAUAGUUGAAGAUCCAGAAGUAGUACACACAAGUAGUAACAAAAUUGGUGUUUUCAACACAGCAGGUGGAAGUCAUUCUGGGCAGAAUUCUAACUUGCUUAAUGGUGGUGAUGUCAUCAACCUAAGGCCAAACAAACAAAGGACCAAGAAAAACAGAAGCCCUUUUAGCAACUGCAGCAUUCCCUAACACUCCCGCAUAGAGAAGAAAAGAUGGUCUGACACAGCUGCUCGGCUGAAACCCAUAAGGGACACAACUGGCUGUAGAGGUGUUUUACCAGUGCUUUAGCAGAUGUUGCACGCAUUGGAUCUUGCAUUGAUAGUGGAUAUUCCUGUUGCAAUGAAUUAUUAUCAGUACAUAAUGAGACCCCCGGCAGCACAAAAAUAGAACCGUUGCCCCCAUGCAUUUGUUUUACAUACAAUAGGACAACUUUCCAGGCGAAAGAUGCGUUGUAUUAAAGUGUACAAUAGGUUUCACUUUAGGAAAAAGAAAAAGAAAAAGUUCAGCUGAAAUGCUUAAGUAUUGGUACCGUUCAAGAGAAAAUGCCUUUUCCUUCUUAUUUGACCACAUAGCUCAGUUGGGAUUAAUAGUUUGUUAAACUACCCUAUGCACAUUCUGGCAAUAUUGGCGGUGCAAUAUUUAUAUAGCUUAUGAAUUCUAGCUGCAAUGUGUGUAUAUAAAAACUUGGUCAGAGAUUCAGGAUAAUAAAUGAGGUACUGGGCCCAAUGAUAGGUUCCUGAUAAUUUCUGAACUGGCAUCCUAAAGAUGACUUUCAUUUUUUAAAAAAUUGAACAAACGCAAAUGGUAUUGUGCAUGCUUACAUUCUCCCUACUCUGUGGGCCUUAACUUUUCUUUCAAAAAAUUGUACGGUGCCAAAGGCAAAUACUUCUGCUGCUACACCUAGAUGUUUUAGUUAAUUUAGUGUCAUAUGUAUAUACAUAUAUAUUCUAAAUUUUAAUGAGGCAAGCAGGUGAUAAAUGGUACAGCCUGGUAGUUCUAUUUUCAAUCAGCUCUGUUUUUGAAAAAAUACAACCCUAUAGCUUAUAUAUUAAUGGAAAAACAUGGCAAAAUAUAGAGAUUUUUUUAUCAAAGUGCUUUUGAGGACUUUUUCUAGUGCUUGUUGUAAUAUCUAUUGAGCAUCCCAGGUUCAGGGUAAUAAGCCCCCCCCCUUUUUUUGUUACUUUAAAUACACACUUGUUCUUAAUCAUGCCGUUGUGGCUCUUAUGCAUAGUCUUAGAGCAAGACCUUCCAGGUUCAUGGGACAUACUUUAAAUAAACAUGCAUAGGAUUAAAUUGUUGGCCCAUUAAUGGUGUACCCCAAGAAAGUGGCUUGGAGCCAGAGCUAAGGGUACAUAUUGGGACUUGGGGAAAACCGACUUCCAUACCCCUUCCUCUCCACAACAGCCCCCCUGAACAUGGUCCACUAACUUUUUGGAGGCUGAAUGGGGUAGGGUUAUGAAGGCUCUCUCUGUGGAUUCUCCCUCAGCACUCCUAUGUCACAGCCCACCCCAUUCAUCAGGAUGGCAACAUUUUCAGGGCUCUUGGAUUGAGGGCAUUAGUUGUUUUUAAAAAAUCUCAAGCUGCAAGAUCAUUGGUAAAACUUUAACCCUAGUUUUCUUUGUUGAAGCAUGCAUUUAUAAGAUUGCUUUCUGUUUACAUGUUGUUUAAUAUUUCUACAGUAUUUCUGUAACUAAGUUCUGUCACUACCAAAUUACUCUGAUUCUAAACUUUGGAUAUUAGUAGCUGAGGAACGUAAUUAUAUCCAAGGGCGAAUAACAUGACCUGGAGCUCUGGCAGCUGAAUUGUACAGUUCUUUUGAAUAUUGAUCUCGUUUCAUCAAUGUUACUUUUCAGCUACCCAAUAGAUUUAAAACUAUAUCCAUCAACCUUGAAAUACUGCAUUGUCCGUCCUAAGAGCACAUCCCACAAUAAGAGUUAUAUUUUGAGAGAGGGCUUCUGAAAUUCCAUGAACAUGCAUAUGCUAAAACUAACAUACUUUCUUCUUCGAUGAGAGUCUUUGCCUAGCUAUCGAGUAACAUGGAAUGAAAAGUAUAUAGCUAUACAUACAUAAUGAAUAGCAUAGGAUUCCUUUUGCUUUCAUAACCAUUCCCAUUGCUGGCAAUGAGUUGGGCAUUGCAGUAAUCAAUCCCUUACUUCAUUAUGAAUUGUUGGAUUAAGUACCUUAUUUUUUAAACAAGUGCAUUUACUCACUGGAUGGCUGUAGAUGUAUGGGUCCAAACUGUAUUAAGUCUUGCUUUGUUUUGACAAAUGCAAGAGCAUAUCAGCAAGUUACCAAUUGUCCACUGUCAACUCAAUCUUACUUAAGUAUCUGUGGCUCUGUGUGCACAUUAUUUUUAUAUGAAAAUUUUUACAUUAAACUAGUAGCCUUACAUGUUUUGUACUUGUGAACAGAAGGAAUCUGAUCUCAGUGAUUUUUUUACUUGUUUGCCUUUGUAUAAAAUAGUGCAAAUGUAAUGUGUGUUUAUAACAUGUACUUGUGCUGCUGUACGUUGAGGUUUGAGCGCAUACUGUUUUCAGAAUUUAAAGCUUGAGUUGAGUGCCUUUAGUAGGCUAAAGAUUGAUAACGGACCAUCCUAGAUAUCUCUAGGAUAUCUUUUCUUAACGCCAGAAAAUUAUUACAGAAGUCAUCUGUAAUGCAUUUCCAAUAUAGAUGUAUUAAGUGCAGAAGGAAGAUGCACUACCAGUCAUUUUUGUAUCAUGUUCAGCUACGAGUCCUGUUGGCAGAAGCCCUGCACCAGGAUUUCUGUUUGCACAAGGGGAGUUCCCCCACUUUUCCUCCCCGCAUGCACCCCAGAGCAGCACAUAAGAGAAGGAAUUGUUCCAUCUGGCAAGCCAACAUACUUGCACUGAGGAAUCAGUCAGUGUUGAAUUCCUGCCUAAUGAGCAACUGCGUUAAUUGAAAGUCAUUGCUAGAUGUCUAAGCGAGAAGACUUUUCAUGCAAACAACAACAACUCUGCAUAUAUUGCUAAAUGUAUGGGUAACACUGCCAGCUUUGAUAGUUGUGAUAGCUGGCCCAUUUUGAAGGAGGGAAGUGGGUCCUGCUAACACCUCUACAGCGGUGAUUUGUGCUGUUAACCAGCUAUCUACCUUGCUCUUUGUCUACAGUCCCAGGCUAGAAAACAUCAUUUUUCAUGCAGCACUGAAUACUGGAAGUGUAUCUCUCUCUGCUUGUUCCUUUAUAUGCACAAAAUAGACUCCAUUGGUAUUGUCUGUGUGCCAAAGCCUAUUUCCAUACCCCUGUGCCCCUUAGGUGAAUUGGAACCGAAGGAUUUUAACCGAAAGCUGAUUUUCCAUAAAACUGGCAUGCAGUCAACUGGUAUUUACUAACAUUCUUUUCCUAAAUCAUAAUAUGCCUUGGAUACAAUGCAGUGUCUGCCGGGCAUUCACCUAUUCUCAAAUUUUUAAAGGUGCCAGUUAUGUUAUAGUGUGCCUGAUUCUGAGUUAUGUUUCAAGUCUUAACUAUUGUAGGAUAACAAAAGUGACUGGUAUUCUGUCUGUUUACUGCAUUUAUUAAUAAGCUGUAGGCAGAUUUUCAUUUUUUUAAAAAACAGAAAACCUCCAGAGCUGUUUACAGUAGUAAAAACUAUGCUAAUGAAGUAAUAAACAUCCCUCAAACAGCAAAA